ACUUCUCUACUAGCAGCAAUGCAAUGGCCCAGGUCAGUUCUGAGGAACUUAUGGAAAAGAAAGCUACCCACAUUAAGAGGAGGAACUAUAGGGGUGGAGACACAGAAAAACAAUUGUUUGAAGCCAUGGGUUGAUGCGGCCAUGAUUGGGGUUGUAGACUGGAAACAACCACACCAAUGCAACUAUCUAUCAUACUAUGGAAAUAAGUCUUGAUUGAUGACACAGGUGAAAAGCAGUGGAAACAAUAAUUGCACCCAAGUUCAUACCCUGGGAGAAAGGAAGUUCACACCCUCAGAGGCAGAGAGUUCACACCUCCAGAGGCAGAAAGUUCACACCCUGAGGAAAAGGAAGUCAGUCCUAUAAAGGCAGAGCAGAGGGCUGGGAUUGAGUUCUGGCUUGGUGACUCUGGUUGAAGGAAGAGUCUUGUGCUAGUGGCCCCUACUGAAGGGACUCAAGCUCACAUUCAGAGUUCUCAGUUGGUGAACUCCAGCUGAAGGAAGAGGCUUGGGCUGGUGGCCCUUGCUGAAGGGACUCUCGGACUUGGAGUUGGAUUCCUGCCUUGCUCACUCGGGCUGAAGGGAAGAGCUUCUUGCUGGGGACCCUUGCUAAAGAGACUCUCAGGCUCUUCUGACUGCAGCUUGGAACUUUGUUGGACGUGAGCUGAAUUUCUUUGGGAGAAGCACUUAGGGUAUUUAGCGAAACUGCUCCCCACCUACAAAUUCCUUUCCCCCAUACCCUCCUGCUCCCCAGUCAUUUGAGUAUUGGGGCACGGGUGGGGGCUGUUCUUGGUUCCUAACCCCAUUUGUGGGGUGGGGGUGGCAAUAAGGCCUAAGCUUCCCCCCAGUUUCUGAGUGUUUCUUUUUCCUCUGUGUGCAUAUCUCUCAAGUCAAUAAAUUGCAUAAACAUAUCAUUCAGUGUCAGGUCUCAUCACUGAGCCUUAGGGGGACUUUUGGCACCAUGUCCUGUGUGCAUUACAAAUUUUUCUCCAAACUCAAGUAUGACACCGUUACCUUUGAUGGACUCCACAUCUCCCUGUGUGAUUUGAAGAAGCAAAUCAUGAGGAGAGAGAAACUCAAGGCUGCUAGCUGUGAUCUGCAGAUCAUCAAUGCAGAAACGGAAGAAGAAUACAAGGGUGAAGAUGCCCUGAUUCGCAAGAAUUCCUCCGUUAUUGUGAGAAGAGUUCCCGUUGGAGGUGUUCCAUCUACAAGCAAGACUUAUGUCUUAGGGCUAAGUAGAGCAGUGAGUGGAACCUCAGAGGCAGACCUAUCUAAUUCAUGGAGAAGACACCUCGAUAGGCCUAGUAACGUCCAGCGGGAGGCUAAAACGCAAACUAAAAUGAAGACUGAGGACUCUUGUGCCUCGAUUUCUGUGGCCCAGCUUAUAAAGACUGCCAAUCUGGCUGAAGCCGAUGCUCCUGAAGAAGAUAAAAUCAAAGCAAUGAUGGUACAGUCUGCCCACCAAUACGAUCCCAUCAACUACAUGAAGAAACCUCUGGGUCCACCUCCACCAUCUUAUACCUGUUUCCGGUGUGGCAAACCUGGCCAUUACAUAAAGAAUUGCCCCACCAAUGGGGAUAAAAACUUUGAGCCACUUCCCAGAAUUAGAAAGAGUACCGGAAUUCCUAGAAGUUUUAUGAUGGAGGUGAAAGAUCCUAACACGAAAGGUGCCAUGCUUAGCAACACUGGAAAAUAUGUUAUCCCGAUUAUACACGCGGAGGCAUAUGCCAUAGGGAAGAAAGAGAAACCACCUUUCCUAGCAGAAGAACCAUCGUCCCCCUCACAAGAGGAAGACCCCAUCCCGGAUGAACUCUUAUGUCUACUCUGCAAAGAUAUAGUGACAGACGCAGUCGUCAUACCUUGCUGUGGAAACAGUUAUUGCGACGAAUGCAUAAGAACGGCGUUGCUAGAAUCAGACGAACAUAGGUGUCCCACUUGUCAUCAGAACGAUGUGUCUCCAGAUGCCUUAAUAGCCAACAAAUUCUUGCGCCAGGCUAUCGAUAGAUUCAAAAAGGAAAGUGGUUGCACUAAAAGGCUUCAAAAGCAAAUAUGCCCACCCGCGCCUCCACCCCCGCCUCCAAGACCACCGGUUCAGCGGGACCUACAACCAGUGAGGAGACUUCCGAUUUCAAGACAACAGGACCCUUUGACCAUUCCAGGGACUCCAUCUCCAUCUGCAUCUGCAUCUGCAUCUGCUCCUGCUGCUACUCCUAGAGCUUCAUCCACAACUCCUAAUCAACCUUCCCUUUCCUCUGCUGGACCUAGAAAUCAACCUUCUACUCCAGCACCACUUCCUGAUAGAACUGCCACAGAAAAACCAGAUGGGCCUCUCCGUGAUCCUGAGGAUAAAAGCACACCUGCUGCAGCUUUGCUCUCAGAUCAUCCUGACACGUCUUCAUCGCUAGCCACUAGUGCCCUAACGGAAGUAAAGGGCGGCCAGAUACUCGUACCUGGAGCACCUUCUUUGCUUGGGCAGUCCCUUUGGCAUGGGCAGCCGAUACCUACCAUUCAUCCGCUAAGAACAAAUGCUGCUCAAUCUGCUGCGGGUGGCAGAAGUGGUUGGAAAGCAAGCACAAAUCGGAGACGAAGUAUGGGUGAACGCUCACACAGGACUCAAGGCCCCUCGCUGCCAGCAACACCUGUACCACCACCUCGGUUCCCUCCUCAUUUUCCACCUGGGCAACCACCACCUGCUGCCUACAGCGUCCCUCCUCCAGCUUUCCCUCCAGCGCCUACAGCUUUAUCAACAGCAGGACAAACAGCUCACUCAAAGACUAUCCCAGCAACACGAGCUCUACCCUUAUCCAGGGAAGACUUCUACAGAGAGCAAAGACGUCUAAGAGAGGAGGAAAGGAAAAAGUCCAGACCAGAUGAUUUUACAAAGGGUUCUGCUAAGGAACUGAUGGAAUGCAGAAAGAUUCCAAAGAAGCAUAGACGCUCAUUUUCAAGGUCCAAAUCGCCAUAUAGGGGCUCCUGCUCUUCAAGAAGUUCACAUAUCUAUGCUAAAUGGAGAUGUGAUUCCUCCCGGUCCCCUGCCUAUUCUCCACCCUUUAGGCCUUCACGCUCUCCUUCUUAUUCACCAUUCCCUCCAUGUUCCAGAAGAGGCAGAGGGAAAAGUCGAAAUUAUCCUGCAAGAUCCAGGUCUCGUGGAUAUCACUGCUCCAGAUCCAGGUCGCCCCCAUAUCGGGGAUGGCGUUCACGAUCGAGAUCCCCUCCAGUUUUUAGGGGACGGUCUCCUCAUAGACAAAAUACACCUCAAGGAGAGACAGCUCACCGCACUCGCAACAAAGGUGCCAGUUACCCAGAAAAGAGUUCGGCAAGACGUGGUCGCACCACAAAGGAUAGGGCCCCGUCAAAAGAGAAGGAGAAUGAAAAUCCACCAGCAGAUGAGAAAAGAAACAGACACGAGAAACGCCGAAAGAGAAGAAAGGAGGAAGACCAUGAAGAAUCCCCUAACACAGAAUUGCUAGAGAGUCCUCGCAAAAAAAGGAAGUGUUAAUUCCCUGUUCGCCAUCUUAA